UGUUGAUCACAUGGACCCUCCUUGUAGAAGAGUAGGAAGAGGAUUGGCGUAUACACGAGUGAUUGAUCAGCUUUUCUUGUAGCGGACACAAGCAGGGAAAGAGGCGACCAGCGAGCAGGGAGAUCCAAAAUACUGAGCCAUUCUCAACUCAUCAAUGAUAGACACAGCACAUUGUCUGCACACAUCUUUCAAAUGAUCGGAAAAAAAAAGCUGAUGCAUGCAGGGUAUUUCUGAACUGACUGGAAGAGCUAUAUUUAAGUGAAGCUACAUAUUUGCAAUUUUGUUCUGAUUUCAAGGGGAACAUUUUUAAAAAUGACCCUUGGUGUUUUAUUGUUAUGUAUAAUCUCAUUCAGUGCUACAGAACUAGCGCCAUCCUUGGAACUUAAACCUGACAUGCCUAACGUGUGUACAGAGCAGGAGCUGGCGAUGAUCGGGCACAGACAGCCAUGUGUCCAGGCCUUCACUCGCAUGGUCAAAGAGUGGAAACAAGGAUGCACUGGACAGAGGUGGUGCGUUGGGUAUGAAAGGAGGACUGGGUAUUACACAGCUUACAGACAGGUAUACAGCGUGGAGCUCCAAACAGUUUACAAGUGCUGCCCGGGGUGGACUCAGCAGGAUGAUGAAGUGGGCUGUCUGCACUCUGUGUGCUCUGCUGGUACGUGUUUCAAUGGAGGGAAAUGCUCUGAUGGAGGCUCCCAGGUCUGUCAGUGUCCAAAAGGCUUCCAAGGAUCCCAUUGCCAGUAUGACGUUAAUGAAUGUACCACUGACAAUGGGGGCUGUCAGGACCAGUGCUGCAACACCAUUGGGAGCUAUUACUGCAAGUGCCCUUCAGGCCAGCAACUCGGGGAGGAUGGGCAGUCAUGUGAGGAUGACGAUGAGUGUGCUGUUGUGAAUGGAGGCUGCCAACAGACCUGCGUGAACACUCAAGGAUCCUUCUCCUGUGAAUGUGGUGCAGGAUACAGGCUGCACACUGAUGGGCGCACUUGUAUCACUGUGAACUCUUGCUCUAUGAACAAUGGUGGUUGUGAGCAUGAGUGUGUAGAUAUUACUGAAGAUCAUUACAAGUGCCAGUGCCGUCCAAACUACCAGUUAAAAAGAGAUGGCAAACACUGUGAAUUGAGAGACCCGUGCAUGGACAGGAACGGAGGCUGUGCUCACAUCUGUACAAGUGAAGAUGGGUUAGCGGAAUGUGACUGCAGGCCUGGGUACCACCUGUCUGCUGAUGGUAAAGGUUGUGAAGACAUUGAUGAGUGCAGUUCAGGGAUUGCCAUGUGUGCUCAUCGCUGUGUCAACAUGCUGGGAUCCUUUACCUGUGUCUGUAACCCAGGAUUUGAGCUGGGUGCUGAUGGGAAACAGUGCUACCGUAUUGAAAUGGAGAUUGUAAAUAGCUGUGAAAACAACAAUGGAGGCUGCUCUCAUCAUUGUGAACAUACUACCAGUGGGCCUCUCUGUUCAUGUAACCAAGGUUACCACAUAGAUGUGGAGAGGAAGAAUUGCAUAGACACUGAUGAGUGUGAAUCAGGAGAGGCCUGCUGCAGUCAGUUCUGUAAUAAUUACCCAGGAGGCUAUGAAUGCAGCUGUAAAGCUGGCUUCAGACUGAACACUGACGGCUGUGGCUGUGACGAUGUGGAUGAAUGUUUGGCUGACAAUGCUGACUGUAAUCAUGAAUGUGUCAACAUGCUGGGAUCAUUCGAAUGCUCCUGUCAAGAAGGGUUUAGACUGGAUUUUGACAGAAAGACAUGCAUUCCUCUGUAUGACGAUGAUGGCCUGUAUGAAGAGGAAGAGGAAUUGGAGGUGGUCCGGCUUCCUGACCUACUGUUCCGAAGACCCCCGCAGCUCCUUCACUACACCGCCGCUCUACAAUCUGCCUAUGAGGAGGAAGAGUAUGAGGAAGAUAUCAGAGGGGAACACACUCUCCUGCACAAAAUUAUCUGUCUGGAUAACACCUUUGGGAACGACUGCAGUUUGUGCUGUGAAGACUGUGAGAAUGGUGGCGUGUGUAAUCCUGACAGGGAUGGAUGUGACUGCCCAGCAGGAUGGUCUGGAAUUGUCUGCAAUGAAACAUGUCCUCAGGGAACUUUUGGGGAGGAAUGCAACAGUAUCUGUGAGUGUCAGAAUGGAGGCACCUGUGACCCGGUGACAGGGAGAUGCCACUGUCCACCUGGAAUUAAUGGGCAGUUCUGUGAAGAUGGUUGCCCUAAGGGAUUCUUUGGGAAGAGCUGCGACAGAAAAUGUAACUGCCCAAACAACGGCUAUUGUCACAGACUGUACGGAGCGUGUCUGUGCGACCCAGGCCUUUAUGGGCGCUUCUGUCAUUUAACCUGUCCAAAAUGGGUCUUCGGAGCUGGGUGCUCUGAAGAAUGCAAGUGCGAAGAAGAAAACUCUCUGGAAUGUGAUGCUAAAAAUGGCACCUGCAUUUGCAAGUCUGGUUACCAUGGCGACAGGUGUCAAAAAGAGUGUGGACCAGGGUUCCAUGGAGCUGGCUGUAAGCUGAAGUGUAACUGUGCCUUCGGUGUGUCCUGUGACCAUCAGACUGGAGAGUGCAAGCGCCAGUGUUCCCCAGGGUUCCAUGGAGAGAGAUGCCAGCUUUCUUGCAGCCCUGGGAAGUUUGGUGCUAACUGCCUCCAGACUUGUGACUGUGGAGGGGCACCCUGUGACUCCCGGACUGGUCAGUGCAUGUGUCCUGCCGGUAGAACUGGCCCAGCCUGUGAGAAAGACUGCCCUGAAGGCCUGUGGGGUAUAAACUGUCAGUUCGCAUGUGGGAUGUGUGCAAAUCGAGCCAUUUGUAACAAAGAGACUGGCAACUGUGACUGUCCCCUGGGGUUUGCUGGAAAGUCCUGUGAAAAAGCUUGCCCCAGCGGGUACUACGGGCAGGGCUGCCUGCUUCUCUGUAACUGUAACAACAAAGCCCAGUGUGACCAUGUGACUGGGGAGUGUGCGUGCCCACCUGGGUGGACUGGCCAUCACUGUACAAGGGCCUGUGAUGCCGGUCGCUGGGGCAGACUGUGUGCUAAUAAGUGUGAGUGUGAUAACAGUGAUGGGAGCUGUGACCCUGUGACUGGACUUUGUCUGUGUGAAGCAGGCUACACUGGAAAACGCUGUGAGCAAAAGUGUCCUGGGAGCACCUAUGGUCUUGCCUGCAAGUUCAGCUGUCAGUGUGAGAAUGAAGCCACCUGUGAUCACGUCAGUGGAGCCUGUAACUGUUCAGCUGGGUGGACUGGGACUUUCUGUGAAAGACCAUGCCCGGAUGGAUUUUAUGGUCUUGACUGUAGCCAGAUGUGUAACUGCAGAAAUGGUGCCCGCUGUAACCACAUCACAGGGGCCUGCCACUGCCCUCCUGGCUGGGUGGGAACCAAGUGUAACCAGGCAUGCCAAGGUGAUAGGUACGGUGAGGACUGCAGCCAAGUCUGUAAUUGUCACAAUGGGGCGACAUGUGAUCAUGUGACUGGCCAGUGUCACUGUGCUGCGGGAUGGACAGGAGUUUCCUGUCAGCAAGCUUGCCCUGCUGGACUCUAUGGUGAGGACUGCCUUCAACACUGUAUUUGUAGAAAUGGAGGCACAUGUGAUCCGAUAACUGGCCAGUGCACCUGUCCCAAAGGCUGGACUGGAGUUGCCUGUGAACUUGAGUGUGAAGAUGGCUUAUUUGGAGCAGGAUGCAAGCAGACUUGUAGCUGCAGGAAUGGUGGAACCUGUAACAGACUCACUGGGAAAUGUACCUGCAGCCCUGGCUGGACUGGGAAUCAGUGUGAAACAGCUUGCCCUGAUGGUUACCAUGGCAAGCACUGUGAGGAGAAAUGUGUGUGUGAUCAUGGCUCUACUUGUCAUCAUGUGACAGGAUUGUGUCACUGUGACCAAGGUUGGAGAGGGAGGAGGUGUGAGAAACCUUGCCUGCCCGGUUACUAUGGUGAUAACUGUGCCCUGCGCUGUGAAUGCCUGCCUGGUGUGUCAUGUAACCAUGUGACUGGAGAAUGUGGCUGCCCAGUAGGAUUUACUGGAAAUGGAUGUGAAGAAACUUGUCCUUCAGGCACAUAUGGACAAAACUGUAACCAGCUAUGUCAAUGCUCGGCUCAGAAUGAACAAUGUCACCCUGUCACUGGGAAAUGUACCUGCCUACCUGGUUACUACGGCAACCGUUGUGACCUCAAGUGCCCAGCUGGUACCUACGCCCCAUAUUGCAGUGAAAGCUGUAAAUGUCAGAAUGGGGGACGCUGUGACACAGUGACAGGGACCUGUGAAUGCCCUCCGGGGUUCCUCGGAGCUGACUGCAGUAAGAGCUGCCCAGAAAGUCGCUUUGGGAAGGACUGUGCCCAGGUGUGUUCUUGUGGUAAAGAUGGCCGGUGUGACUCAGUGACAGGCAGAUGCAGGUGCCCCUCUGGCCGAGUUGGACAAAGCUGUCAGCAAGCUUGCCCCAGAGGAAGGUAUGGGCAAAAUUGCCAGCACGCUUGCACUUGUCGAAAUGGUGGCAUCUGUAACCCAGUCGAUGGGAUGUGUACUUGUGGACUGGGAUGGACUGGACCUUACUGUGAAAAAGAGUGCCCUGCUGGUAAAUACGGGGCAAACUGCCAGCUGGAUUGUCUGUGUCAGAACAAUGGGGCGUGUGAUAGGUUUUCAGGCUGUUGCCAAUGCAUUGACGGUUACUAUGGACAGGCCUGUGAACACAGCUGCCCUCCGGGAUUUUAUGGUCUGUUUUGUGCUCGCACAUGUGAUUGUAAAAAUGGUGCCACAUGUGACCCUGUGACUGGACAGUGUAUUUGCCCAGCAGGUUAUCAUGGAUUCCAGUGUGAAAAAGGCUGCGAGCGGGGGAGGUAUGGAGAGAGAUGCCAGCAGCAAUGUGAUUGUGAAGGAGCAGGGCCCUGUCAACCAGUGACUGGAAAAUGCUUUUGCCCUCCUGGCAGAACUGGAGACCGGUGUGAGAAUGAAUGCAAAAGUAACCAAUAUGGACCAGGGUGCUCUCUGUCUUGCCAGUGUGCAAAUCAAGCACACUGUAACACUCACAAUGGAAACUGUGUCUGUCCUUUCCAGUGGAUGGGACCCACGUGUGCUGAAGGAGGACCCCCUAAACCCACUUCUAACCAGGCCUACACUCCACAAGCACAUAGAACUUCAUAGGCAUUUUUCACAUUCUUAGUUUUAUGAAGCUGAUGCUAGACUGCAUUAUUUGUGCACAUUUGAAAAUCUCAAACCAGGAAUCAAUUAGCAGUGCACAGUAAGGAUGGUAUUGAUUCCACUGAACACAUACAGUGCAUAGUAUGAUGCAGAGCCUACAGCAGCAGUGAAUUAAGGAGUGGGGUCCCUGUUUAAGAUGUUGCACAUUUGAAAAUGGUUAUGUUGUAUCCUCAUUUAAAAGGUGCUGUUCAGUAAAGUAAUACAGAUCUAUAAGUACAUCUGGUCUCUGAAAACCAACUACAGUGCCUUAUCUUUUCAGAAUGUGUUAAGAUUAUCAGGUACAAUGAAUGAAUCUUGCUUAUGAUGAAGCAAUUCAUAGUUCAACCAAUGAUGUUUACUUUCCCACAUGGUGCUUAUCUAAACACCAAACUUAAAAGAAGGUGCUUGAUUAUUAAUACUUAUACUGGAGUAUUUUGCUUUUGUGUUUCUUUUUUAAAACUGAUAUAUCUUUUAUAACUCUCUAACAUGUGUAAAAGUACUUGUUUUGUAAUAGAAUGCUAGAUACAAUGUUUUAACUGCAUAUCAGUUUGUACAUUUCCUAUUUGGAAAAGUACAGUUUAGCAUCAUGUUAACUGCAGUAAUACUUUGUUACCAUGUUUUGUUAGGAAUGUAGCCCUUAUCGAUUUAACUUGAAAAAUGUUUGUAUACUGUGGUAUUUAGAAGAAAAUGGAACUCAACUUGACCCGUGAAUGAGCCAUACAGUACUAUUGACAACAACAUUUAUGUGUUUUGAGUUAACAGUUAUUUUCUGAUGACUGUGACGGAUAACUUGUUUAAGAACGUUUCUGUAUUGUGUAAAUAUGUAAUGUAUUUUAAAUCACGUGUGAUGUUACAGAGGGUACAGACCUAAGGGGACAAACUACAGUGCAUCUUAGAAAUGAUCUUACUGACCCAGGACUACAAAAACAUAACAUUGUUUUAGUGCCCGUCUGGUUUGUGCUGACUAACCACAUUCUAUCUUUAACCCUAAACCAAACUGCUGGCUUUUAUGUUCUUUUUGGUACUUAUGUGUACACCAUUUACCAGAAAGACUGAAAACAUGUGCCUGUAUAGAUUUAUUAUUAAUUGUGUUUCAUUGUGUUAAAAAGGAUUGUUUUACUCAUGGACAAGCAGACCAGUCCAUCUAAGACUGUCAUUACUAUCAAAUAGCCAAUAAGGUUACCCAAUAGGAGAAUAUGUUUUACUGUCUUUAAAUUUAAUAGAAAGGACUUAUCUUAGACUAAGUGGUCAAUUUGAUCAGUCUUUACCCGACUGAGAUAAGCCACAGCUGGGUAAGAGCAUAUUAGAGCACCAGAGAAUCCAAUUGGAUUACAUCAACCAUUUAGUUUUGGCCUGACGGGUAACCACGGAUAGCCGGUUGAUAAAAACAUGGAUGAUUACACGGUGCUGUAAAAUGCUCCAGCUGUGGCCCCUAAAAAACAUUUUACACUUUUGUGUCAACACAUUUUCAUUUGAUCCUGCUUUUCUGUUAAAAAUAUGACCUCCAGCCAUUGUAGCAUUAGCACUUGCAAGGGGAUAGUACUUUAUCAAUAUGUAAAUAUUAAAUAUGUUUGGGACAAUCUCAGGACGGUCAUAUGUCAGGAGGGUGGCAUAAACCUCUACUGUACUUUCUCUAUAAAACAUUUCCGACAUGUUUAACUGGUGCUACUUUAAAAAGAACGCUCUUUGAUAAUAAAGCAACUUGUUUUAAAAAAAAAAAGCCACAGCCAGUGUGGAUUAUUUGAACAAUUAGUUAUUAAUUGUGUUAAUGUUGUUCCUCUCUUUCUCAAUAAACAUCUCCAAUCUAUAGCUUAUUUACUAUAAAUGUAACCAUGGGCUAAUCCAUCAUCCAGAUGAUGAUAAUGCUGGUUAUUAUUAUUAUUAUUAUUAGUGGUGGUGGGCAUUGUAGUGGUAUUCAAAUCAUUAUUAGUUUGAUUUUUACUAUUAUAAAUAUCACAAACUGCUAGUUGUUGACCUGCUAGUUGUUUUCUGGAUCCACAUGAUUCUUGAUAUAAUUAUAAAUCUAUGCAAAGACCUAGUAGCUUAAAAUAUGUAUUUGUAUGAAGAAACUGUAUUCCACUGUAUUUGUAUUGCAUUUAAUAAUUGGGUCAAUAAAUCACUCCUGGAGGAAAACACCACCAGAAUUAAAAUCGAGUCAAAGCAUGACUGUAUUUAGCUGCGCUGCUGUUUAGAUAACUAAAAUAGACCCAAACGCCCAAGGUCUUUAGCGGAAUUGUUUAAGUAGCAGUAAUUAUGCAGCUGGAGUUAUAUGUAAUAAACUUUUCAAUGGUGCAUUAACAUCCAGUUAUUUUUCUAACUUCUAAAAUAUGGGUUGGCUCAAUACACAAUUCACUGCAGUUGAACUUAUCUAACUUUUAACAUUAAUGUGCAUGGGCAUGUUUAAAUGAAGCUGAGUACCAAUGUUAACAGCUAGGAAUGUUCUGGACCAUUACGGCUGAGACAAAUAAUUUGGCCUGUCAAUACUGCUGUGAGAUACUUAUCUAGUAAUUCUCCCACAAUCAAUGGAAGUAAACAUAUUUUGGAAAGUUAGUUGGGCGUGACGUAAACUGUACAUAUUAUUGCUGUAAGACUUCCCAGUUAAAUCCUGCUUUAUUGCAAGCAACUAGAUGAAUUACACAUGCUCAUUAUGGGCAUGAUUCAUCUACAGAUCAGAGGCGCCACAUGAACCUCAAGUGACAUACUGUACAUUGUUCAGCCCUGUGAUUGGAUGCAUAUCACGUGAGUAUCCAAUCACAAUACAAGGAACUUCCAGGCGCACCCAUCUAAUCGUAUUAUUGCUUUAGUCACAGUCGCCUUAACAACACAGGACACACAACUGGAGUUCUGCAAGGAGAAAAGGCAUUAAAUCACUGUUCACAGAUUAUGGGCAGAAAUGAAUUGCACUGCAAGUUUUAAUGGUAUUAACUCCAAUACAAACAAUGGUAAAGUGCUUUGGUACAGUUUAUGAAGAAAUAUAUGUUGUUCUUUAGAAUGUUGACCAAUUUCUUUUCUUCCUCUACUAUGAAACUUACCAAAAAAAAAAAAAACCUGAACGUUUUAAAAAUGUAAUGUCAGUUAUAUCCACCAGAUGGCACCAUAAAGCGUUGAAGGACUUUCAGUUCCUGAUACUUAGUAUUUAAUAUGUAGCAGCAGCACACCACAUCACUCGGCAACUGGAUAUUAUUAAUAGCAUUUUUUCUUAAUCUAGACACCCAUAAAAUACAGCCCUGGGUUAAAAAUAAUGAUACAAAUUCUUUUUAAAAAGCUUCUGCAUUUAUUUCUCUGCAAGCAUCUGUAACUCUUCAGCAGGAUUGGAAUCGCUAGUCUUGAUCAGAACAAUACCUGUUACUGAUUAUCCAAAAUAUAUAAAUGCAGACCCAGCUAACAACAGUCUAAACAUCCAUUUACAGAAAAGGUUUAGACAUUCAAUGCAUUUCACCAAUUCAUGUACAGAUAAUAAUAUCUUUAAACAUUGUGAAACAGCAGCCUGUGUCCACUGACCCAGCAGGAGUGAAGUAAUUCCAUGUACAUUACUAUUAAAACAAAAAAGAGUCCUGCUAGGAUCUGCCUGCAUAGUUAUGCUUAAGGGAUUCAGCUUGCAGAAACUUGAUAUAAAUGUGAUAUAAUGGAUAUAUUCCUGGUUCUGUAUAUAGCAUGAGGUCCUAUGGUUAACACAUUGUGGUCUCACAAAUCUUCACAAGGACAGAACAGUUUGCAUUGAUCACCUGUUUGUUUCUCACUAAUAGACAUGCCUGUAAUCAGGACCCAGAGGUCAAUCCAGUCCAAUUGUUCGCUAAUCAAACAAAGG